AGCUCUACUGCAUUUUAAGAAGCGCUUCUUGCAAAAACUAAAUAAAAGAAAGCACGUGUGAAGGCACGCGGACUGUAGCGUCGCUUUAAACCGAUUUCUCUCUCUUUUAUUGUUUCCUUCACUGCGUGUCGCUUCUCUCUGUCCCUGCACCCGUACAGCUGUUCUGCACACCCGCCCUCCUCUUCGCUAGUCUCCUUUCCUCUUCCACCAUGACGGCUGUGUUUCGUGUCCUAUGCGCGCUGUUGGCGAUGCUCGUCCUCCUGUGCACGGUGACCGCGCACGCCGCCUCGCAGCCGUACGUGCUCGAGCGUCGUGUUGGGGCGGAUGCGGACUGGGUCACCAUCGGCUCCUUUGCCAUCUCGCGCAUCUCUCCGCAGGCCCCGGCCCGCGUGUCAACGCAGCUGCGCGGCGAGCUGAGCAUGACGAUGGAGCAGCGGGAGGAGUUCGCCGGGGCGAGCUUCAUUUACUACCGCGCCUAUCCCUUUCAGGAGGGCAAAGCGGCUCCGGAGCACCCCGCAACGGUCGUCGUCACGCCGUGCUCGCUGAUUCGUGGCUUCGACGCCGUUGAUAGCAAGACGGUGGUGCUGAACGAGAACAUCCGCGUGGUGCCGGGCCCGAACACGACGCUGUUGGGAUUGCAGGUGAGCAGCGAGACGAACUUCUUCCACUCGAAGAUGGUCAACGGCGACGCGUGCGAUCGCAGCGUCGUGCAGAAGCUCUUCCCGACGGUGCGCCUGCAGACGAAGAUCGGUCUGGUGCACCCCGUCCGGGUCUCCCGCAAGGUGAACUACGAAGAUCUGAAGGUGCUCAUCGCCUCGGAGAACGAUAAGCAGGGGAAGAAGAAGCCGAAGGUGCAGGUGCGCCAGGUACGCAACGCAGAGGGCGAGCUCGUGGAGGAGGAGGUCCCGGUCGAUGAGCGUUCCUUCUUGCAGAAGUACUGGAUGUACAUCGUGCUGCCCAUCGGCAUGUCACUCAUUCAGAACUUGAAGGGCUGA